AUGACAUCGACCAUAAGCAGUGAUAAGGUACAUUAUCUGGACCUGGAGAUUUCUGUAAACAAUGGCAGCAUACAAUACUGCCUCUACACCAAACCUAGUGACCGCAAUACCAUAUUACAUGCCACUAGUGCCCACCCGAAGGCGUUACUAAAAUCACUCCCAAAGGCCCAGUACUUGCGGGUCAUCCGAAAUAAUUCUAAUUUAGAAGUUAUGGAAAAACAGAUCACAUCUAUGACCCAGAAGUUCCUUAACAGAGGAUAUCCACUGGACCAACUACAAGAGGCCCUGCAUAUGGCUAGACACAAUGUGGCCCCUACUUAG